UCUGCCCAGGCCCAGCUUCCCGCAGCCCCAGCGCCGGGCAGGAUCGAGAGGUUUCGGAGCCCGGGCGCGGGCGGCGGCCCCGGGUUGCGGCCACCGCCGGCCCACCUGCCCGCCUCAGCCCCCUCGGCACUGCCUCGGGAGCUUCAGCUGCCCCUUGCUCUGCAGUUGGACAGAUAAGAAGCACCAGAAAAGCAGAUGGCGUCCGGGGAUUUCUGCUUACCUGGAGAAGGGAUGGAAGUACUACAACAAGUGUGCAGCAAACAGCUUCCUCCUUGUAACCUGAGUGAAGAGGACCUAUUACAGAACCCACACUUCAGCCAACUGCUGCUGAGUCUCUCACAACACGUGGACGAGAGUGGUUUAAGCCUCACGCUGGCGAAGGAGCAGGCCCGGGCGUGGAAGGACGUUCGACUGCAUAAGACAACAUGGUUAAGGUCUGAGAUUUUACAGAGAGUCAUUCAGGAGCUACUUGUGGACUACUAUGUGAAGGCACAAGAUACGGAUUUAACUUCUGAGGACAGAAAGUUUCAUGAGACCCUUGAACAGCGGCUACUCGUGACCGAGCUGACACGGCUCUUAGGUCCCAGCCAGGAGAGGGAGGUGCCUCCACUGCUAGGGCUGGAGAAGGCGGACCUUCUGGAGCUCAUGCCACCCUCAGAGGAUUUUGUGUGGAUGAGAGCCCGGCUCCCCCUGGAAGUGGAGGAGCAGCUCAAGAAGAAAUGCUUCACUGUGCUCUGCUACCACAAUCCCAGUUCAGAUUUGGACAGUGAAACCCUGAAAGCAGCAAAGGUGUGGAACCUCGCCGAGGUUCUGGCAGGUGAGAAGCAGCAGUGCCAGGCUGCCAAGAGCCAGCAGAAGGAGCAGAUGGUGCUGCUGGAGAAGAAGAGUGCCACCUACUCCCAGGUGCUACUGCGCUGCCUGGCCUUGCUGCAGAGGCUUCUUCAGGAGCACCGGCUGAAGACUCAGUCCGAGCUGGACCGCAUCAAUGCCCAGUACCUGGAGAUCAAGUGCAGCGCCAUGAUCCUUAAGCUGCGGAUGGAAGAGCUAAAGAUUUUGUCUGACACUUACACCGCUGAAAAAGUGGAAGUUCAUCGUCUCAUUAGGGACCGUUUGGAGGGGGCCAUUCGCCUACAAGAGCAGGAUAUGGAGAAGUCCAGACAGGUCCUGAACACCUAUGAGGUCCUCGGGGAGGAGUUUGACAAGCUGGUGAAAGAGUACACCCAACUCAAGCAGGCAACUGAGAACAGGCGCUGGACCCUCCAGGAGUUCAACAAGGCCUACCGCUGAGCGUGGGUGGGGCCGGGAGGCUUGGCCUCUGCAGAGGAACCGUCUCCUUGUCUUCCUGCUGAAAGGACCACCUCCACCAGAGGCCACCUUCACUCAAGGGCGUGUGGGGACACUCAUCCAAAACACUAUAGUCCUUUAGGCACUCUUCUGGUUUUUCUUCCUUGUUUACUAUGACUGAGUCUCUUCUAGAAAACAUAGCUGAUUUGUAUAAUUUUAUGUACAGUGAUUUGUGUCGGCCCUGUAUCCUAUUUGAUUAUCUCCUAAAUAAAGUGAUGAUGUUAUA